AACUCACAAUUUGUGUUGUUUGCAAGAAAUUAAACCACGGGUGGAAAAAACAAUAGAAACACUGUCCUUCUCCAUGUGCAAAAAUGCCAAACACACAUUAGUCUUCAUUGAAAUCAUUAUCUCACAUUGCACAUCUGUAUGCAAUAUCUUUAUUUUCGCAGUUUCUCAAACAACGCCUAGUCAAACAUUGAGACUUGUCGGCUCUAACAGCAGCUGCUCUGGCAGAGUGGAGAUCUACCAUGACGGCCAGUGGGGGACGGUGUGUGACGACAUCUGGGAUUUGAAUGAUGCCCAGGUGGUUUGUCGGCAGUUGGGCUGUGGCAGGGCUGCAUCAGCACCACAAAGUGCACAUUUUGGACAAGGCACUGGACAAAUUUGGUUAGAUGACCUUCGGUGUUCAGGCAGUGAGUCAUCACUCAGAGAGUGUCCUCAUGGGGGAUUAGGGUCCCACAACUGUAUUCACAGAGAGGAUGCAAGUGUAAUUUGUGAAGGUUCACUUCUACCAGAAAUAGCCACGGUGAGGCUGGUCAACUCUGACCAACGAUGCUCUGGCAGAGUGGAGAUCUACCAUGAUGGCCAGUGGGGGACGGUGUGUGACGACAGCUGGGAUUUGAAUGAUGCCCAUGUGGUUUGUCGGCAGUUGGGCUGUGGCAGGGCUGCAUCAGCACCACAAAGAGCACAUUUUGGACAAGGCACUGGACAAAUUUGGUUAGAUGACCUUCGGUGUUCAGGCAGUGAGUCAUCACUCAGAGAGUGUCCUCAUCGGGGAUUAGGGUCCCACAACUGUGGUCAUGGAGAAGAUGCUAGUGUCAUAUGUGAAGAUGUUGCCACAACAACAGCACCUCCUACAAGACCAGUGAGGCUGGUCAACUCUAACAGCAGCUGCUCUGGCAGAGUGGAGAUCUUCCAAAGUGGCAGGUGGGGGACGGUGUGUGAUGACAUCUGGGAUUUGAAUGAUGCUCAGGUCGUUUGUCGACAGCUAGGCUGUGGCAGGGCUUUGUCAGCACCGCAAAAUGCACACUUCGGACAGGGAAGCGGACAAAUCUGGUUAGAUAAUGUCCGGUGUUUGGGAAAUGAGUUAUCGAUAACAGACUGUCCACAUCAGGGAUUCGGGUCCCACAACUGUAUUCACAGAGAGGAUGCAAGUGUAAUUUGUGAAGAAAUAGCCACGGUGAGGCUGGUCAACUCUGACCAACGAUGCUCUGGCAGAGUGGAGAUCUACCAUGAUGGCCAGUGGGGGACGGUGUGUGACGACAGCUGGGAUUUGAAUGAUGCCCAUGUGGUUUGUCGGCAGUUGGGCUGUGGCAGGGCUGCAUCAGCACCACAAAGAGCACAUUUUGGACAAGGCACUGGACAAAUUUGGUUAGAUGACCUUCGGUGUUCAGGCAGUGAGUCAUCACUCAGAGAGUGUCCUCAUCGGGGAUUAGGGUCCCACAACUGUGGUCAUGGAGAAGAUGCUAGUGUCAUAUGUGAAGAUGUUGCCACAACAACAGCACCUCCUACAAGACCAGUGAGGCUGGUCAACUCUAACAGCAGGUGCUCUGGCAGAGUGGAGAUCUUCCAAAGUGGCAGGUGGGGGACGGUGUGUGAUGACAUCUGGGAUUUGAAUGAUGCUCAGGUCGUUUGUCGACAGCUAGGCUGUGGCAGGGCUUUGUCAGCACCGCAAAAUGCACACUUCGGACAGGGAAGCGGACAAAUCUGGUUAGAUAAUGUCCGGUGUUUGGGAAAUGAGUUAUCGAUAACAGACUGUCCACAUCAGGGAUUCGGGUCCCACAACUGUAUUCACAGAGAGGAUGCAAGUGUAAUUUGUGAAGGUUCACUUCUACCAGAAAUAGCCACGGUGAGGCUGGUCAACUCUGACCAACGAUGCUCUGGCAGAGUGGAGAUCUACCAUGAUGGCCAGUGGGGGACGGUGUGUGACGACAGCUGGGAUUUGAAUGAUGCCCAUGUGGUUUGUCGGCAGUUGGGCUGUGGCAGGGCUGCAUCAGCACCACAAAGAGCACAUUUUGGACAAGGCAGUGGACAAAUUUGGUUAGAUGACCUUCGGUGUUCAGGCAGUGAGUCAUCACUCAGAGAGUGUCCUCAUCGGGGAUUAGGGUCCCACAACUGUGGUCAUGGAGAAGAUGCUAGUGUCAUAUGUGAAGAUGUUGCCACAACAACAGCACCUCCUACAAGACCAGUUAGGCUGGUCAACUCUAACAGCAGCUGCUCUGGCAGAGUGGAGAUCUUCCAAAGUGGCAGAUGGGGGACGGUGUGUGAUGACAUCUGGGAUUUGAAUGAUGCUCAGGUCGUUUGUCGACAGCUAGGCUGUGGCAGGGCUUUGUCAGCACCGCAAAAUGCACACUUCGGACAGGGAAGCGGACAAAUCUGGUUAGAUAAUGUCCGGUGUUUGGGAAAUGAGUUAUCGAUAACAGACUGUCCACAUCAGGGAUUCGGGUCCCACAACUGUAUUCACAGAGAGGAUGCAAGUGUAAUUUGUGAAGAAAUAGCCACGGUGAGGCUGGUCAACUCUGACCAACGAUGCUCUGGCAGAGUGGAGAUCUACCAUGAUGGCCAGUGGGGGACGGUGUGUGACGACAGCUGGGAUUUGAAUGAUGCCCAUGUGGUUUGUCGGCAGUUGGGCUGUGGCAGGGCUGCAUCAGCACCACAAAGAGCACAUUUUGGACAAGGCACUGGACAAAUUUGGUUAGAUGACCUUCGGUGUUCAGGCAGUGAGUCAUCACUCAGAGAGUGUCCUCAUCGGGGAUUAGGGUCCCACAACUGUGGUCAUGGAGAAGAUGCUAGUGUCAUAUGUGAAGAAAUAGCCACGGUGAGGCUGGUCAACUCUGACCAACGAUGCUCUGGCAGAGUGGAGAUCUACCAUGAUGGCCAGUGGGGGACGGUGUGUGACGACAGCUGGGAUUUGAAUGAUGCCCAUGUGGUUUGUCGGCAGUUGGGCUGUGGCAGGGCUGCAUCAGCACCACAAAGAGCACAUUUUGGACAAGGCAGUGGACAAAUUUGGUUAGAUGACCUUCGGUGUUCAGGCAGUGAGUCAUCACUCAGAGAGUGUCCUCAUCGGGGAUUAGGGUCCCACAACUGUGGUCAUGGAGAAGAUGCUAGUGUCAUAUGUGAAGACGUACAACCACUAAUCCAGGCCUCUCAGCUUGUUUGCUCCACUUAUCAGAUGGAAAUUGGUGUGCCAUUGGACCGGCUGCUGUCAGCUGGUUUAAACGCAUCCUCUGGUCACCUGGCAUCACCUUACUGUACUGGUUACACAGCUCGUUAUAAUACUUUGUGGUACAGAGUGCCACCACGGGCUGACUACUGUGGAACUGUAAUGAGUACCAACACCUCCCAUGCCAUCUACUCCAACUCUCUGUUUUUGUACCCUCCAAGCAACGGUGCCUCGGUUCAACCUGAGGUCAUUCCGUUCUCCUGUGCCUAUCCCUUGGAAACCAACACCAGCCUUAACGCUGUAAUCAGACAACAAAUCCCUAGGAGUGGCCUCAUAGGGUCAGGUACCAGAGCCACUGCCUACAUGAGUCUUUUCCAUGACUCCCGCUAUUUAUACAGCUACCCACCGGGUCAGGUCACCCUGCCAAAUGGAUCUGCCCUAAAUGUGCAAGUGUAUGUGCCUCGGACUGAUCAAAGCUUUGCAGUGGUUCUGAAGUCCUGCUAUACCACUUACUCCUCAAACCCUGAUGACCCAAUGCAAUACUAUCUGAUUCGUCACAGUUGUCCUACUGACACUCGUCGUGUGUCAGUGGUUGAGAAUGGCCGGUCCCUUCGUGCUCGUUUCUCUGCCCUGCUCUUCCAAUUCCAGGGUGGCAACCACGGCAUCUACUUACACUGCAAAGUACAACUGUGUGACAACACCAGCCAAAAUUGUGUUCCAUUUUGCAGCAGGUCAUAUCGUUCUGUUGACAACUCAGAUUCGCAAAAUUGCCUCACCGCCGGACCAAUCACAUGGGAGGGCUGACAUGUUAAUGGAGUGAGCUGAUAAACACUGCAACAUGAUUCUCAUGAUGUUAUUUUUUUCUUCUUCCAGAUAUUGUAGUAACUGAAUUUAAUCACACUUAUACUUUACCUAUGUACUUUUCUGUCUUAUGUGUAUUGUUACAAAUUCUGAUAAAAUACAAAUGAGUGGGUUGGUACCAUUAUGCUUGUUCUAAAUAAUUAUUUUUUAAUUUUAAUGUCAUUUAAGGUCAGUGAGGUUAUGUGAUUAUCUCUUGUAUGCCAUAUAAAAAUCUUUUUUUCUAACAGAACUUUCUGUAUUGGUAAAUAUGUAUACAUACACAUAGGUUUAUUGCAUGCUUUGAUAAGACAUAUAACAAUGUACCUGGGGAACAAUAGGGGUACAUAACCCUGUGGAUUUAAGCCUUCCUAUAGUCAAACAAAUCUCUUUAAUUUAUUUCACAAUUUUCUCCAAAGAGUGCUUUUGGCCCAUCUCUUUACAGUUAAAGUCCCUGCUGGUAGGAUAUUAUAAAUUUGGACUUUGUUUAACACUAAUGUAAUAGUGUUAAAAAACGAUUUUAUAAACAGUAGACAGAAGACCACAAUAAUAACUUGGUAAAUAAUGUAUGUGAGUCAAAGUCAAAUUUGUAUUGCUUUGUGAAGGACAAUAAA